AUGGAGCAGAUCAGUGAGGAUCAAUCUCAGCCUCAAAAAGCACCAAGACUGGUGCCACCUCCGGUUCUGGGCAAGAAACUGUCAAAGCCACAACGGAGUCUGCAAUAUCAUAUGAUGGAACAAAAGAUCUCCAGUGCUGUCACUGAUUACAAGGCUGGCAAAUAUGCGAGCUUGGCUGAAGCUGGCAGAGCUCAUGAAAUUACCGAAAGGGCUGGAUAUUUUCGACUUCGUGCUCGUGCAGCUGGUAGAGCGUCCAAAUCUGACCGACUUAAAAACGGAAGCCAACGUCUCAGUCCAGAGCAGGAGAUCACACUCUGUCAAUAUGUUGGCGGGCUAGGAGACAAUCGUACGCUUCACCGCAAGAUUGGCGAGAAGGCUUACAGCAUGUUAUGCGAAGAGCUUACCUCAGAUGAUCCACCGCCGCGACCUCUUGGGAAGCAAUGGCCCGCACGGUUCUUGGAACGCAACCCAGGUAUCAUGGCAAGUCGUCAAAAGCCUCCUACCUCACCAAUGUACGGAGAGAUAAGCGACGAAAUAGCUUCGCCUAUACCUAGAGAGGAAGUUCGUUCGAUGGAGAUGACCAAUGAAGAGCCGCACUUCCUUCUCGAUUGCCAAAGGUUCCUCGACCGACCCACUGAGGCCGAUGUGACGCCCAGCCAGAUCUCAACUACCCACACAGCCCCUGCAGAAUCUCAAAACGUCUUGAUCAUCGCAAGUGGAACGGAUAGUAUCGACAGAGUUGCAGCCUCGCCGACGGCAACCCCUCCAGAUCGGCCAUCAAUGGGAUGCUCCGCAACGAACUCCUUCUUUUCAUCCAUCAAGAGUAGCCUUGCUGAACAAAAAAUGACCUUCUCGAGCCGUCCGACUUGA